AUGUCCAUUGAAAAAACAUACGACGAGAAGGACAUGGUCGACACCUCGGUGUCGCCAGUCCAGGACUACUCCUCGAAGCAAGGCGACGCUAACGGCUACGUGGACCCUUACGCACAGUUUGAGAAAGAAGACAAUGGCUUCUUCAGAAACUUCAUCGACGGUUUCAAGCCCCUCGACUUUGGUGAGAUCGACCCAAACCUUUCCGACGUUGAGAGAGCCAACUUGAUUGCAGCCAGAGCUCCGUUGAAGAGAUCCCUUAAGAACAGACACUUGCAGAUGAUUGCUAUCGGUGGUUCCAUCGGUACCGGUCUUUUCGUGGGUUCGGGUUCUGCCCUUGCCACUGGUGGUCCAGCUGCCUUGGUUAUUGCGUGGAUUUUGACCGGUAUCAUGAUGUACUGUACCGUCCAAGCAUUGGGUGAAUUGUGUGUUGCUUUCCCUGUGGCUGGUUCCUUCGUUCAAUACAACACUAGAUUUAUUUCUGCCUCCUGGGGUUUCUGCAUGGCCUGGAACUACGCUUUACAAUGGUUGGUUGUCUUGCCUUUGGAAUUGGUUGCUGCUGCAAUCACCAUCGAUUACUGGAAUGCCGAGAUCAACUCGGCUGCUUGGGUCACCAUUUUUUACUUCUUGGUGCUCUUCAUCAACGUCUUCGGUGUCAAGGGUUAUGGUGAAGCCGAGUUCAUCUUCUCCUUCUUGAAGGUUCUUGCCAUCGUUGGUUACAUCAUCUUGGGUAUCGUGAUCAACUGUGGUGGUGGUCCAGAAGGUGGCUACAUUGGUGGUCAAUUCUGGAAGAACCCAGGUGCCUUUGCUGCUGGCUUCAAGGGUGUUUGUGCCGUCUUCGUCACCUCUGCAUUCUCCUUCGCCGGUACUGAAUUGUGUGGUUUGGCUGCUGCUGAAACCGAAAACCCAAGAAAGUCUUUACCUUCUGCUACCAAGCAAGUUUUCUGGAGAAUUGCUCUCUUCUACAUCAUCUCCUUGACUUUGGUUGGUUUGAACGUUCCUUACACCGACCCAAGAUUAUUGGGUAACUCAGGUGCUGCUGCUUCUCCAUUCGUCAUCUCUAUCAGAAAUGCAGGUAUCAAAGGUUUACCUUCGGUCAUGAAUGCCGUCAUUAUGAUUGCUGUCUGUUCUGUUGCUAACUCCUCUGUUUACGGUGCUUCCAGAACCAUCGCUUCCUUGGCUGACCAAGGUUUUGCCCCAAGAAUCUUCGGUUACAUUGACAGGGAAGGUAGACCAUUAGUCGGUGUUGCUAUCUCCAUGAUUAUUGGUUUACUUUGUUACUUAGCUGCAUCCUCCCAUCAUGCUGACGUUUUCAACUGGAUGUUGGCCUUGUCUGGUUUAUCCUCUAUUUUCACCUGGGGUUCCAUCUGUGCUUGCCAUCUUAGAUUCAGAAGAGCUUUGCAAGUUCAAGGUAGAGGCACCGACGAACUUUCUUUCACUUCUCAAUGUGGUAUCAUUGGUUCAUGCUUUGGUGUUUUAUUGAACUGCUUGAUUUUGAUGGCUCAAUUCUGGGUCGCCUUGUUCCCAAUUGGUGAAGCAGCAAACCCAACCUCUUUCUUCCAAGUCUUUUUAUGUGUCCCAAUUUUGAUUGUUUGGUACUUCUUCUGGGUCUUCUACAAGAAGGACUACAAGUUCUUCUUGAGAUCAAAGGACAUCGACAUCGACACUGGUAGAAGAGAAGUCGACUUGGAGUUAUUGAAGCAAGAAAUUGCAGAAGAAAAAGCUUUUAUCAGAUCCAAGCCUUUCUACUACAGAGUAUACAAAUUUUGGUGUUAA